GGCAGCUGAAUAAAACCGUUGCUCAAACGAGGUCUUUUCACCUAGACCAGAUGCAAGAUAGCUUCCAAUUUUAAUUCAAAUUCUAACUUGGUUGACUUUGCGUCAACGGUUGAAGCUGGACGGAACACACUGCAACAUCUAAUCUUCCCAGCUUUUCUGAUAAUUCCUCCACGAAAUGAGGACAAGUAACAAAAAGAUCAACUGCGAAUCCAUAGAUUUGGAAUCUCUGAUUAAUUUCACGACCGUGGCAACCGGAUUCAUUAAUUCCGUCCUGAAGAAACCUUUGAAAUCCAAAAGAAAAGUGAACCAUCGAAAAUUCCUACAAAAGCAGCUUGGAGCACACACUCAUUAUAAGAGCAUUUUCAUUAACAAUACUGAAGAAAUCCAGAAUUCUGACAGAUACAUCUACAGCUCUGGGAGCGGCACUAAUUUUCCUGAAACCACAGCUAAAACAGUUGUAAGAAGUAGAAACACUAUCGACAGUUGUGAAGAAAAAUCAUUAGAGAAGCUCUUCAACCCAACUUUUUGGGGAAAAGCGCCUUCCAAAGAACAGAAAAUAUCCUUUAACUCAUUGCGCAAUCGACUACUACCAGAGUCAUUUUGGAAAGAACCAGUGAAGAACAGCUCUUCAUUUCAACGAGAAUACAUGCAUGCCAAAGAAUCGGGAGAAGUUGAUGCCUUUGAAUUAUUAGGAGUUGAAUUUGACGAACUAUUAGAAAAACUAUCAGAAGAUUCCGAUGUGUUAUCAACAUCUUCCGGUGAUUGUUUAUCUGACUCACCAUCUCACUCCGAAUUAGAAACAACAGUAACUUCUGAUGAAUCAAGAAAUAUCACCAAGACCGUAUAUGAUCAGAUUUGGAGCCUUUCAACAGACAUUGUGAAUUUCACGCAAUCUGAAGAACGAUACCUGUUCUAGUUUUCUGAAAUGCGCGCGGUACAUGCAGACAAUCAAUAUGGACAGAAAGACAACCGACAACUUUUUAGAAAGUUUCCGACGGUUGAAAAAUUGAACAGAUAAGCUCAGGCAUUAUGGGCCUUUGGAGAUUUAUAUAGUCGUUCAAUAUAACCUGUCAGGCAGGCUAGAUAUAUACUGCGUAAAGUCUGUAAAUAAUAAUGUAUCACAAAAAUAUCCUUCCUGCGUCCACUCUCAUCUAUAUAGUCUAAUGUAUCUAGUUAAUGUUUGUAAAUAGCCUCUGACUUUGUGUCACACAAUGUAAUAACAUACAUCAACCCGUCCUAACCUGAAGUUGUCGUUUAAAGGGAUAUAAUUGCGCAUAUUUUUCAAGCCUUUAUUUCUCUAGUAUACAAUCGGCAUACAACCAUGACAAUACGUCCAAUGUAUGUGUUUAAGUGUCUCAUUAGAUGCUU